GUGGCUGAAAUCGAAGAGACAACCGACAAGAGAGUGGUUAGGUUAUGUGUGUUUCUUGAAUGGAUAUUCAAGAAAUAUAUUAUGGCUGAUGAAGAUUUAAGUGAAGAUCAGUGGCUUUAUGGAGAUUCAAAUCCAGAUAAAUCUAAAGAUGGUGUAGCUGAAACUGAUCUUUUCGGCGAUAAAACCCUACCCAAUUCAGACUUGGCUCCACCUGGAGUUUUAGAACCUCCGGGUAUUCUAGAGCCUCCAAUUAUCAAACCACCCCAAAUCACAUCUUACACGGAAGAACCUAGCAAACCUGAUGAAAAUGAUAUUCUACCUCCAGGUGUGACGGAUGAAAAUGGAGACAAAGAUGGCGAUAAUGAAGAGGGAGACGAAGACGCAGAGAAGAACAAGGAAGAGGGAGAAAUUGGCAACGCCGACGGCGAAGGAGAAGGGGAAGAAGGAGAAAAGGAGAAGACAGGAGAAGGAGAGGAUGAUGAAGACGAGGACAGCGAUGAGGAUAAUAUUAAUAUUGUGAUCGGCGAGAUUAAGACGACAUCGCAGUACAGCAUCAGGAAAGGCGGGUUGCUUACUGCGGCUCCUCCACCGCAGACUAAGCAAACUGGAAAGUUUUCUAUUGAAGAGUUCGAAUCGAUUGGAUCGAUUAAUGGAGUGCCGGCUCAAGAGUUCAAUCUUGAAACACUCGAAGAGAAACCAUGGAGAAAGCCUGGUGCAGAUAUUACAGAUUACUUCAACUAUGGUUUUAAUGAGGAUACGUGGCGAGCUUACUGUGAACGACAGAAGCGGAUCAGAGUGCAUGAGUCCGGAGCUGGUCUAGGACCUCUAGGCGUUCCUCAGGCAGUGAACUCUUCAGGAGGUUCUAACCGCGCUAACAUUCCGUUGUCAACUGUCAACGACAGUUCGAAAUACGGGGGCAAACCAGGGGGCGGAGCAAUGCCCCCUGGCCCCCCAGGCAUACCACGACCUACCAACGAGGGCAACGCUAUACAGGUGAUGACAGCUGAUAGGCGUGAGUAUAGUAGGAAAGGAUUCCCAGAUAUGAUGGGCGGUCCUAUUCCUAUACCACCUCCUGGUUUUGCGCAUGCAUUCCCGCCACCUGGCUACCCACCCCCCGUGCAGCCGCCCGAAUACUACAACAGCGAGAUGGACCCCUACUACCAGGCUUAUGAGCCGACGCAGGACUCGCAGUGGAUGAACAACUCAUGGGGUCAGGACCCCAAGGCACUGCCGCGUCCACCUGGCACCAGCGAUAUCUCUAAUAUCGAUUCACAGGAUGACAGAUCGAACCUGACUGGAGGACUGGUGAUUAAACAGGAGAAGGACAGAGACAGGGCGGUGAGUCGAGACAGAGACAGAGAUCGCGACCGCGACAGAGACAGGGAGAGGGAGCGAGAGAGAGACCGCGACAGGGAGAGAUACCGCGAGAGAGAACGAUCUCAUCGUCACAGAUCACGAAGUCGAUCUCAGGAGCGCAAGUCACGAAAGCACAAGUCACGCAGUCGCAGUCCUGGUCAUCGCAGUCACAAGAAGAAGAAGGCCAAGAAGUCAGACAGGGCCAAAGAUGAGAGUGACUAAGUCAUUCCUGAGUGAGAUGCUGCUCAUUCAAUGAAUCGGCCACAAAUCGCAUUCUCGCUAAUGAUUCAGUUUUGGCCAAUAAUAUUUUGAUAAAAACAUCAAUGUGGUUAUCAUAAAAUAUUGUUUUACGUUGUGGAAUAGAUGUAAUUCUCAAUAAGUUAUCUUUUUACUCAAUAAGAAAAUACAAAUUAGAGAGUCUUUGGUAGUUAUUCAGUUUUGCCAAUAAUAAGUUUUGAUAGAUUUGUUGAAUUAAUCAUAACAAAAUCUGAUUCAUUGUAGUUAUUCAGUUUUACAAGAUCCAAUUAAUGUGAUGAAUCAGAAAAUUUCAGUCAUGGUAUUGUUUCAGUUUUAGCCAAUAAUAAGCUUCCAAUAAAUAUCCUGGAUCAAUCACAAACAAAGUAUUCCUUGCUCUUGAUUCAGGUCUAGUCGAUGAUAACUUUCAAUAAAUUUGCAUAAUCAAAUUCAAAAUAUGAGUACAUGGUCUAGAACAUUUUGAUGAAAACAUGAAUGGUUUAUUAUUGAACUAUCAAUGAUAUUAUAUUGUUUUACGGAGUUGAACUUAUGUAGGUAUCCAUGUUUAUGGAUAAUUUUCAUUGCUGGUGUGGUCGGAUUAAUAUAGUGUGUCUUCUAUUGAAGAAUUUAAGUUUUUAUAAAGUUUUUUUUUCUAAAAUCAAGCUUGGUGGCUUUGAUUAGUGGAGAGACAUUUUGGUGUAGCUAUUUCACCUUUCCAUUUAGUGUAUGCUUACUUUGAAAUAGAUGGUUAGGUUCGGUUUUAUUAGAUAAGGUAGUUCUUUAUUCUUUUUACAAAACACUUCACAAUAAAAUAAUUGGGAGAGAAAAAAUAAGAUUAAACUUGUGCUUUUCCUCUCAAAUUUAAGUUCAGAUUUAAAAAUCCAAAAAUAGGUUUUGUUUAUCACCAAAUCAUUUAAGUUAUUGUUUUAGCAUUCCUAACUUCUUUAUUUUGUUUAACUUUCAAUGUUAUUAGUAAUUAACAAUGUAAUCAAUUAUGUUUACUGAAUUCAUUUGUAUCUUGAAACUCCACAAUAAUAGGUCAUAUCCUCUUUUCAAAAAUAUACUUUUUCCAGUAAAUCCAAUUUGAAGCAUUGAGAAAACAUUAAGGUACUCAUGUGCUUAUUCAAUCUUUAAUUAAUUAAAGCUAUAAAAUAUGCUAUACAAUCAAAAUAAAAAU